AUGGCUCAGAUAGGAAGCAAGGAAGUUGAGUCGAUAAAGGUCGAUGAAGAAAAAGCUCCGGAAAAUGACUUAAUGAGAUCAUUCAUUCUGGAUUCUUUAUACGAAUUAGCCAAUUGUAGUUGGAUCGUUAUCUUUUUUUACGAUUCAGUUAGAGAUUUUCAGGUUGUGCGUGAAAUUCGCUUUCGUGUCGAGCAAGCAACAGGGCUCACGUGCAGUGCUGGUAUUGCUCCAAACUUUAGAUUAGCAAAGAUUUGCUCUGACAUGAACAAACCCAAUGGCCAGUACGAGCUAGCGAAUAAUUAUGAGAAAGUCAUGGAAUUCCUUAGUACUCUUCCAAUACGAAAGGUUUGUGGGAUUGGACGAGUAUCUGAGGCUCUCCUACAAGCAUGUGGUAUUUGCACGGUUGGACAGCUACUGGAGAGACGGGCGGCGCUAAAAUUUUGCUUCUCAGAGCUUUCUCAGGAGUGUUUUCUGCGCGUUGCUCUCGGUUUACCUGGUCGUCCUUCGUCAUCUGAUCCUCGGAGGAAGAGUAUUUCUACUGAAAGAACGUUCACGCCAACUUCUAGUCGCGAGGCCUUGAUAGAAAUUAUGGAGGAUGUUUGCGACAUGCUUGUUGAAGAUAUGAAACGUGCAGGAGUUGUCGGUGGUCGCUGUGUCACUCUGAAGUUGAAGCUGUCGUCGUUUGAUGUACUGACACGUUCUGAGACGCCAGGACGGCUCGUUUCAAGCCGCGAAGAGAUUCUUGCGAUUACUGGUGAGACGUUAGACCGCGAACUACCAAAUGAGUUUCGUCUACUUGGAAUACGUCUCAGUAAUUUACAAUUUGAAGAUGAACGAGCCUCAGGAGAGCCAAUUUCGGUGAGUUCAGCUUUGUUUAUUGGGAAUGCUUAUGUUAGAUAUUCGAACAGUUUGAACAUACGGAGCGGCCUACUUGCAAGGAAGAAUCAUUAA